AUGCUCUUGGGAUUCUAUAUAUGAAUUUAAAAUAGUCUUCAACUUCUAUUUGACGCUGCAUUGGAUCAAGAUUUAGCCCGUAGAGCAAAUCAUUUGUUUUAGAUGGAAGGUGACUUCUUUAUGUCUUUACAAAGUGCAAAUAUCGCAGAUGCUCAGCCAAGGUAGACAAUUCCAAGAAAAUUUCAUUUUACAGACAAAGGACUUUCAAUCAAUGGCUAAUUGCAAAGCUUGAAAUAACUUAGUAAAAUGUUAUUGUCGCUUUUCAGGCGACAAUGUCAAGUGCUAUUUUUUAAAUAUUUCUCCAGUCUUUUCAACAGCGGUUGCGUGAAGUAAAACAUCCACGCUGCCUAUAUUAAUUAGAGGUAAAAUUUGAUGUAAAAAUUGCGAGCUUGUUGUGUUAUAGCUGCAUGUUAUGUUACAGCUGCAUGUUAUGUUACAUGAACAUUAUUAAGGUAAGACAGCGCGGUGAAUACAUUAUUCAAAUAUUUUAUGUAGAAAAGAUGCCCAGAUCAUUUCUUGUCAGACUGAGAUCUAAUUUAAACAAGGAGAGCGAAUACAGCGUUAAAACAACGACUGCUGAAAUGGUAAAACCCUUUCCGACCUUUGGUAAUUACACACUUCAUACAAGAACAGUAUCGUCACAGUCCUCAAUCGAAAGCUUGCUUGUGAAUAAAGUGAUGAUUCCAGAGAAAUUAUAUCAAACCUCUCACACGUACAGCAACACUUUGGGAUUGGAGAAAAUUCAACUAUCGUAUAUUGGGCAAACUUCGAGCUCAUACAGCUGGCAAAUGAGAAACAAGAGCAAUUGCAAACACGGAGCUCCAGACCCAAUUCAGCAUCUAAACUUACAUAAACCAGCAGUAGGGUUGCAAAGAAAGGAAACAAGCCAAACAAGGAAUGACGCAAAACUACCAGCUGAACUUGAAGAGUUUUUUGCAAUCGAGGAGUUAGAGAUUCCCACGAAGACAGAUAACCAUACACUACCAUCUACGUAUCAAAAUUCAAAUGCAAUAUCAAAAAAUUUGCAUACACCUUUGAAAGACGUUUUGAAAGUUGCGAAAUCCAACGGUGGAGGCACAUUCACAAAUUUUACUUUAUCCUCUUGUAAAAUUGCCUUGGAAAAUGAAUACAUGUCAUCGAAAUGUCAUCCAAAGGAAUUUGCAAGUGUCAGUCACUUGAACAAAAUGGAAAUAGAGGUCAGUAAAAGGAAAAAUUUGCACACGCAAGAGCAACAAAUAAAUCAGAUAUCAAACAAAAACGAUGAUGAAAGGAACGAGUUUCAAAAUUUUCAUACAGCAAGCACGUUCGUGAAAAAUAAAAGCAUCAAGUUGAGCGCUGGAAGGAAUCACGUGUGCCAAAGCUGCAACAAGAGUUUUAACCGUGCCUCAAAUCUGCGCAUGCACAUGAGAACGCACUCCGACUAUAAACCAUAUAAAUGCGAUUACUGCGGAAAAGGAUUUCACCAGAAAAUCGACAAACGUAUACAUCACUACACACACACCGGAGAGAAACCGCACAGAUGUAAGAAAUGCGGGCGCGGAUUCAAACAAUUGACCCAUCUCAACUAUCAUAUGCGCACACAUUCUGAUACACACAUGUAUCAAUGUACCUACUGCGGCAAAGGAUUCAAUCAGAAAGGAAACCUGCAGGCUCAUAUCUAUAGGCAUACCGGUCAGCGUCCAUUUAAGUGCGAAAUAUGCUCAAAAGGAUUUACGCUCCGAUCUACCCUAAACACACACCUUCGUACGCAUGCAGCAAAGAAGCCAUUUAACUGUGAGCAUUGCAGCAAGUCAUUCUAUCAAAAGAACGCCUUAAAGAUGCAUCGUAUUGCAUCGCAUCCAAUGACAGAUGGAAAAAGCAUGUUGAGCGAUACCACUAAAGAACAGAUAAAUACAUAAAGAAAGGAUACAGUUCAAUGGCUUCCAAGGUUUUAUUUUUCUCCAACAAAUAAGAAGCAUAUUUAGCUAGAAGACCAUCAACGUCUUU